AGGUGACCGGAGCGCAGGAAAUGACAGUGCAUUCUCCGGUUUCAGGUGACUCAGACAGCCGUGUGAUGUGAGGAGGGAGGAGGAAGGGGAGGUACCCGGAACAAACGGCUCUAUCUCGGCCGAUACUGACACGGAGCGGCGAGCACUGGCAGCCAGCAGCCGCCCUUCAGCCAUGGCGACGUUUAUCUCGGUGCCCCUGAAAAAGUCGUCCGAGAUGGACCUGGUGAAGCCGCUGUCCAAGUUUAUCCAGAACACGUACCCGGCCGGGGAGGAGCAGGCCGAGUACUGCCGGGCUGUGGAUGAGCUGAACAAGCUGCGGAGAAGCGCGGUGGGCCGGCCGCUGGAUAAACACGAGAGCUCGCUGGAGACCGUCAUGCGAUACUACGACCAGCUGAGCUCCAUCGAGCCCAAGUUCCCGUUCUCCGAGGGCCAGCUGUGCCUCACCUUCACCUGGAAGGACGCCUUCGACAAGGGCUCCCUGUUCGGAGGAUCCGUCAAGCUCGGCCUGCCCAGCUUGGGCUAUGAGAAGACCUGUGUGCUCUUCAACAUCGGCGCCCUGGCCAGUCAGAUCGCCUCAGAGCAGAACCUCGACAACGACGAGGCCCUCAAGGCCGCCUCCAGGUACUACCAGCUGGCCAGCGGGGCCUUUUCCCACAUCAAAGACACCGUGCUGUCCUCCCUGAGCCGGGACCCCACCGUAGACAUCUCCCCAGACACGGUGGGCACCCUGAGUGUCAUCAUGCUGGCCCAGGCCCAGGAGGUCUUCUUCCUGAAAGCCACCAGAGACAAGAUGAAGGAUGCUAUCAUCGCAAAGCUGGCCAACCAGGCAGCAGACUUCUAUGGAGACGCCUACAAGCAGUGCCAGUACAAAGAUACUUUGCCCAAAGAGGUGUACCCAGUGCUGGCUGCCAAGCACUGCAUGAUGCAGGCCCACGCAGAGUACCACCAAUCUGCCUUGGCCAAACAGCAGAAGAAGUUCGGAGAGGAAAUCGGCAGGUUACAGCACGCCGCUGAUCUGGUCAAAACGGUCAGUUCUAGGUACGACGAAUACGUCAAUGUCAAAGACCUGUCGGACAAAAUAAACCGCGCCCUCACGGCUGCUAAAAAAGACAACGACUUCAUCUACCACGAUAGAGUGCCGGACUUAAAAGAUCUCGAGCCCGUAGGCAAAGCGGCCCUCGUGAAAUCGACUCCUAUGGCAGUCCCCCUGAGUCAGAAGUACACUGAUCUCUUUGAGAAAAUGGUCCCGCUUGCCAUACAGCAGUCUCUGAGCAUUUACAACCAGAGGAAGGCGGAUCUGAUCAACCAAACCAUCGCCAGGAUGAGAGAUUCCACAACCCUGUGUAAUGGCGUUCUUGCCUCUCUGAAUCUUCCUGCAGCCAUUGAGGAUGUUUCUGGUGACAGCGUGCCCCAGUCAAUCUUACAGAAGUCCAAAGCCGUCAUUGAGCAGGGUGGCAUUCAGACAAUUGACCAGUUGAUCAGAGACCUGCCAGAACUUCUACAGAGAAAUAAAGAAAUUCUGGACGAGUCCCUCAAGUUUUUGGAUGAAGAAGAAGCCACAGAUAAUGACUUAAAAUCCAAGUUCAAGGAAAGAUGGCAAAGAACACCUUCUACAGAGCUCUACAAACCCCUGAGAACUGAGGGCAGCAAUUUCCGUAAUGUUUUGGAUAAAGCCAUCACCGCUGAUGCAGUUGUAAAAGAGCGCUACCAGUCUCAGAGAGAAGCCAUAGCAAUCUUGUGUAAGCCGGAAGCGGAGCUCAAUGCGGCCAUCCCAUCUGCCAACCCUGCAAAAACCAUGCAGGGAAGCGAGGUUGUGAACACCUUGAAAUCAUUGUUGGCCCAGCUGGAUGAGAUAAAGAAGGAAAGAGAGCAGCUUGAAAAUGACAUCAAAUCUGUCAACUUUGACAUGACCACCAAAUUCCUCACGGCCCUGGCACAAGAUGGUGCCAUUAAUGAAGAGGCUUUAUCUGUGACUGAACUCGAUCGGGUCUAUGGAGGCUACACUGACCGAGUACAGAGAAACCUGACUAAGCAAGAGGAAAUCAUCAGCAAUAUUCAAGUGUCCCACCAGGAGUUUUCAAAGAUGAAACAAUCAAACAGCGAAGCUAAUCUGAGAGAAGAGGUCUUGAAGAAAUUGGCUGCAGGGCAUGACAGCUACAUAGAACUUGUAGCUAACCUAAGAGAAGGCACAAAGUUUUACAACGACCUCACCGAAAUUCUUCUCAAGUUCCAAGGCAAGUGCAGCGAUAUUGUUUUUGCCCGAAAGACUGAAAGAGACGAGUUGCUGAAAGAUUUACAGCAAAGCAUUGCCAGAGAGCCAAGUGCCCCUUCAAUGCCAGCAGUACCAAGUUAUCAAAAUGCUGCAUCUUCCACUCCUGUUGCUGCUGGCAUGUCGAGCAUUCCAACUCCAGCACCAAGGACUGUCUAUACUCCUAAACAACCUCCACCCCGUCCCCCGCCGCCUUCAGUUCCUGCAGGUGCACCUGCUGCUCCUGUUAGUGCAGCACAAAAUUUUGCCCCUCAAGUAGCAAAUCCUUCAGCCCCGGUGCCCUCGCAGCCUCUACCCAGCACCAUUCCCUCACAGGCACAGGGUCCCCCAUUUGCAACCUACCCGGGAUAUUCUGGCUACUAUGGCAUGCCAAUGCCCGUUGGCUAUAAUCCAUACAUGUAUGGCCAAACCAUGCCUCCUUAUCUGUACCAACCACAGAGUGGUCAGGCACCUUACCCAACACAGCAGCCUGGUUUUCCAUGCCCACAACCACCAUAUUACCAGCCACCUCAGCAGUAAGCAGUGUGUAGAGAGAGAUGCUUGUAAACUGAAAAAUGUAUGUUUCAGUUGCACUAAGUGCACUGUACCCUAUGUACAACUCCCUAAUUUCUGGGUUUUCUGACCUGUUUGAGUUAAUCUUCUGAUUGCACUAAGCUGUUUCUGCCUGUCCAUUUGCAUAUCAGAAUGAUAAAUGACUUAGUUUUGCCUGGCAAAAUGACCUUGAGCUGAUAUGGGGUUUCUUUGAGAAUGUGCAAAUAUCCCUGGUAACACUAUGCUCUUUCAUAUGUAAAAUGGGGUUGGAAGUUCUAUUUUUUUUUUUCUUUCUCUGUUUUUACUUUUCAUUUCUUUAUGGUUUAGUUAUUGUAUGCUAUUUUGUCUAUUAAUCAAAAGCCUUGUAAAUCAUAAUGAAAAAAAAAAUAAAUCUAAAAAGCACAGCAGUGUUUGCAGAA